CCGUCUCUGUCAGCUCUAUCUCUGCCACUACGCCUCUCUCCGGGCCAAGCAUUCAGAUGUGUGUCAAUGGAGACAUGGGAGCAAGAUCAGGCGGAGAUGGCGUUCACGUGAAGGUAUGACCUGUGUUCAGGACAGACAACCAAAGCCUUCUCUUGCUGAACUGUGAUAAAGGCGCUCGGCCCAUCACGCCGUUGUGAGAAAUCUCUCAGGAUGACAAACCAAAUGAUUGAGACAUCAUAUGCUUUGGUCUAUGGUUUUCUCUUUCCAGUUUAUUUGAGAUAUUUCAUCUGAUUAUACGCUUGGCACAUUAUUGAGUGGUUUCUCGGGAUUGCCGACACCUUUAAAAUGGAGACCCCUACUCAAGAAAUUCUGUCUCUGAACUAAGCUGCUUAUGUGAGAAUGCUUUCAUCCACUAUCCUGGCCCCCUCCCCUCAUCCCUUGAUAGCCCUGUGUCUCCUUUUUCCUUUCCUUAUGUCCUCACCCCCAUUCAGUAAACUACCUGAACACUGGAUUAAACAAAACAAAGAAAUCUAAAAUGGCUGUGCUGAAAGUGAAAUUCACCAAGAACAACAGAGACAGGCUGGCCCAGGUGCUAUGGAUCCUCAACUGGGUUUCCGUGGUGUCAGGUGUGGUUCUCUUCAGUCUGGGGCUCUUUCUAAAGGUGGAGAUCAACAAGCGCUGGGAACUGAUGGCAGAGAGAGACAUCCACUCUGUCCCCAACAUGCUCAUUGCUACAGGCCUUGUCGCCUGUGGUAUCAACUUCCUAGGUGGAAAGAUCUGCUACGACUGUGCAGACACCACCAAGUUCCUGCGUUGGAAAGUGCUGAUGCUGCCAUACAUCAUGUGCACCUUCUUUUUCACCUUCUGCGUCCUGGCGGGGGCGCUCAUGUGCUACGGAAUGCGCGGUGAGCUUGAAGAGGCUCUGGACCAGGGGCUACACAACGCGAUGCGCUACUAUAAAGACACUGACACACCGGGGCGCUGCUUCCUGAAACGCACUGUGGACCUGCUGCAGAUCCAGUUCCAUUGCUGCGGUAACUCCAACUACAGAGAUUGGUUCCAGAUCCAGUGGAUCAGCAACCGAUUCCUGGACAUGUCUAACAGGGAGGUAGUGGGUCGUCUGAGGAGUAAUGUAGAGGGAAAAUACCUGAUGGAUGGGGUUCCCUUCAGCUGCUGUAACUUUAACUCACCACGCCCCUGCAUCCAGCACCAGAUCACUAACAACUCAGCCCACUUCAACUAUGAACACCAGACCGAGGACCUCAACCUGUGGAGUUCAGGCUGCCGCCAGGCCCUGCUGGAGCACUACAGCAGCAUCAUGCAGUCCAUUGGCUUCACAGUCCUCAUCAUCUGGCUGUUUGAGCUGUGGGUGCUGACAGGGGUCCGCUACCUCCAGACCUCCCUGGAGAACGUGCUGAGACAGGGGGACCCAGACUCAGAGUCAGACGGCUGGCUCCUGGAGAACAGCUUUGUGGAGACAGCCCGUUCUAACUUCAACAUCAUAAAGAGCCUGGGCAAGUGCAACCAGAUUGACACAGCCAAUAACGGCGACCCCAACAUGGAUGUCUCCUCCAGAGCCCACUAUGGACCAGAAAAUGUGCUCCCUAAACAGUUACCUCUGGCCAGUUGACCCAAGUCCACUUCACAGGACAGGAACUCCCCUGAGCAAUACAAUCUACAAAGAAGCUUGCCUGAAAGACACAUGGAGGCUUUUGCAAAUCAAGCAAUGUUCUUCUAAGAGAGAGGGUGGCCAUUACAAAUGGGAUUUGGGGAUGUGUCACUUUGCAAACCUAACCCCAAAUGUUUGUUACAUGGUACAGAACACAGUAUUGUCCUAAUAGUUAACCUUUGAAAUGUAUAGCUUGUUUAAAAAGAACUUGUGUCAUCAAUUCUAUGCCAUGAUGUAAUGCCUUACCUUUUUUCAAAUACGCAUACAAGUAAAAUAAUUUGUGUGAAAUUCAAAUUAGGCUUGUGUUGCCUUAACAAAUAAUAAUUGAAUCAAAAAGGGUCUGCAUUACUCAACUGCAUUCAGGUCAAA